AUGGCUGCACCUCUGCCGUUAGAAACAUUUCAGUUCAUGUUUGAUGAAAAUACAAAAUUUUCCAAUAGCUUUACAAGAGAACAGUUUAUUGUACUUCCAUAUGGAACAAAAAAGCGUGUGUUAAUGCAAAGAGUACACAAUGUUCUAGUCGACAUUGUUAUUGGUGGUUAUGCACUAUUCUUCCAUAAUUAUGAACGUUUAACAACGGAUAUUGAUCUUUUGGUAUCAAGUGAUGAUUUUAGUCAAAUAUGUAGUCUUGAUACAAAGGAAAUGCCGAUGAAUACAGAUAAACGGCAUAGACGUCGUGAUCGUCAACAUCGUUCAUCGUCGAAACGAUCAAGAUCACGUGACAGGUAUUUUUUUUAUUUUUUGAUAGAUAGGGUAUUGUUGAAUAAGAAGAUUCAAAUUUCUUACUCGAAUGAUAUCUUGAUGAUCUACUUCUCUCGACAUCUCUCAUCCUUCAUUUAUAUUAAAUUUUGCAUAAAUUCUAAAACUUUUUGUCAUUAUUUUUGCACUAUUGCCUGUUCUUCGAUCUAAUAGUAAUGUGACUGAUAAAUAUUAAUUUUAGAUGGCUGCACCUCUGCCGUUAGAAACAUUUCAGUUCAUGUUUGAUGAAAAUACAAAAGUAAAAGUUAUAGUGCUCACAACGGAAAAGUUCAUUCAAUCGCGUGGAAUGUGUAUGGUAGUCGAUUGGGGAGUGGUUCUAUUGACAAAAGUGGAUACAUAUUUAUUAAAGACUCAAUGGCAUGAAUGGAAAAUAAGAAUCAGUUUAUUUAUUUAUCAUAUAUAUUUGUGUAAAGAUAAAGGAACACUUCUAUCGUGAACAUACAGAAGAAGUUGAUCAGUUAUCAUGACCUCCAAUUUUACCCAGUGAAGUAGCAACAGCCAGCGGUGACAGAUUAGUGAAAAUAUUUGAUACAAGAACAGAUAGAUCGAUAAGCACAACUGAAACGAAAGGUGAAAAUAUAAAUAUUGCAUGGUCACAAGAUGGAAACAUGCUAUCAGUGGGAAACAAAGACGAUUUGAUUACAUUUAUACAUACGAGAACGUCAAAAUUAGGGUCAAACAUCGAUCGAAUAUGAAUAUGGAUGUAUAUUUUAAACACAAUAACUAAUUUAAAAGAUUCACAAUCACAAAUAUUUUGUAUUUUUUUCUAUAUUUCUAUAAAACAUAGAUAUUUAUAUUGUGUAUGUAUCUUCACGCAUUUUGAGAUAAAUUAAACGUUUUUCUGAAUAUAUUUUGUUAUCCAAACGUGCAUCACAUCUGGUGUAAGUAUUUGCUUAAUUGUUAUUUUUUGCAGCGAAAUACUUUCGUUAGUAUUUGAGGGGCAUAUAGAUGUAUGUUUGUUUGAUUUAUUUGUUGUAUCUAUUGGAACUUAUAGAAAGAAAGAGAAAAACAUUAGGAGUGGUAUACGAUAACAAUCUUUCUAUGAAUAGUUUUUUAUGUCUAACUCCUGAUUUUUCUUUUAUUCAUUUGUGAAUUGCUGGAUUCUAUUUACAUGGAGGAUAUUGUGCAUCGUCAACAUAAUCUCAAUGAACAGAAUCCCGAUGACAAUGGGAAGAGUUCUUUUUUGCAUCAGAUAUUGUUUUGUUUGUUUGCACUGAGUAACGGAAACUUUGUUUUCAAAUGGAAGGUACUACAUACCAAUGAAGAAACAAUAUAUAUAGGAGUUUUAUCUUCUUGUCUUGUUUAACCUACAUAGACGUACCCUCUUAGAUAAAGAGCAGACGUCCAUAAGAAAACUUUAUUCCUCUUUCUUGAAUUGGUAUGUUAUUGCUCUAUGUAAAAAAGCUUUGCUACGCUUGGUAUUAAUGGUGUAUUUUUGUGUGUAACUGUAGAACGCACUCUGCCUCUUCGCGUUUACAGCACAGCAAGAAAUGAAUUAGGGAAGAGAAAUCUUAACACUCAUAACUGAACAUCAUCUUGAGCAAAAUUUUGCUCAGAAUUUACCCGAGCAUGUCAGAAAGACAUUUCAGAAAAUACAUGCUGAAUAUUUUUAGAGUUUUUUGUUUUCUGUCGUUUGUUUUUUGUUGG